GCAAGCAUGAUGCAAGAAAUUUAGCUUAUUGGAAACUUCAGCUGACUAAAUUCAACAAAUAUAAUGUACUCAGAAUUUUUAAGUGCCUGUUUGGCUGCAAUUUUUAUAUUACCCCAACUAGUUUUAGCUGACAGUGAACCUAUGUUUAAUCAGACACAACCACUGUCCUUUGAUAUUCAGACAAGCCUGAAAUUUCCAUACACAAUCAUACAAGAUGAAACGUCAGUGUUAACAUUUAAUUACUCCUACCUGGAGCCUAACAAUACUGGAAAUGAUGCAGAGUUGAUUCAUUUGAGAAGUGGAUGGAGAAUUAAGGCUUCAGUUGACAACCAUAAAAUAGCUGAAGUUUGGGGUCCUGCAGAGGUAUUUGUUGAUCCUAUUUAUCCUUAUGGAUCUAUUGAUUUUGAAGUUAGUGGAAAGUUGCCUGGGCGAGUGACUUUACUGAUUUGUGCCAUUGCUAAUGCAAGCACUGGUAAUUCAGGGAAGAUUUUAGAUUUCUGUCCAGGAGGGGAUGUUACUUUAUAUAAAUUAUUUGUGGAGAGGAGAGAGAGACCCAUAGACAUUGCAUUUAAUGUCGUUGUUGUGCUAUUGGUUGUACUGACCAAUGUUGGCAUGGGAGCAAAGAUAGAUUUUGAAGUUGUAAAGUCCGAGUUAAGAAGACCUAUUGCUCCAGCUAUUGGUUUGUGUUGCCAAUUUAUCAUCAUGCCGAUGAUUUCAUUUGCUGUUGCCAGUAGCAUUAGUUUAGAUCCUGGCAUUGCCUUGGGAUUUCUUGCCUUGGGGUGUGCACCAGGUGGAUCAGCUAGCAAUGCUUACACCCAUCUCCUGGAUGGCAAUGUCAGCUUGAGUGUCACCAUGACCUUGAUCAGCACCAUUGCUGCCUUAGGGCUUCUACCUAUGUGGCUUUUCACUCUGGGGAAAGUGGUGUAUGAUGAAGGAAAUGUGACGAUACCUUUUCAGAAUAUCUUCUUCUCUCUCUUGGGUAUCAUCAUCCCUGUCACAGUUGGGCUACUUCUUCAGCGGAAAUGUCCCAAAGCUGCCAAAAUGUGCGUCAACGCUGUCAAGUACAUAGUGUUUAUCUUCAUUGUUUUUGUUCUAACUGUUGGUGUUUAUGCAAAUAUCUACAUAUUCUCUCUGCUCAACGGACAAGUCCUCCUGGCUGCUGCCUUGCUGCCCUAUCUAGGGUUUCUUCUCGGGGGUCUCGUGGCUUGUGUUCUGCGGCAAGGAAAGGUGAACAUCAUUACAAUCGCUGUGGAGACUGGUAUACAGAACACAGGGAUACCGAUCGUGCUACUUCGUUUGUCUCUGAUGGGUCCGGACAAAGACACAAGCAUCGUAGCACCUGUGGCAUCUGCUCUGUUUACCCCCAUACCACUGGUGAUUGGGAUCUUGUAUGUGCAAGGCAAGAUCUUUUUAGAGAAACGUAGAAAGAAGAGAGAGGCCCGAGAAGGUAAAGAGUCUAUUGACAAUCCAGAACCUGUGUAAUAUGAGGGUAGUUCUGCAUCAGUGUGUUCUAUAUUCAGUAGUUUCAGCAUUACUUGAACCUUGGAACAACAGGGAGUAAAAAUCAUACAUGUGUAGGACCAAACUAUCUAGUACAACUUAAGUCAGGGCUAACUGUUUUUGAUGCUACUUUAUUUCACUCGGUUGUUGUAGUGGUUUAUUUUUUCGGUGGAUUGUAUCCAUGUUUUCAGCUUCAAAAUUGUUACCUUAAAUUAUAUAAAACUAUAAUCAGGGUUUUCAAAAUGUUUAUUAAAAGCUUUGUUAUCUUCUGCCAUUCAUAUGGUAAUUUCACUGUUUUUAAUUGAAUGGAUUUGUGUACUCUAUUCGAAAAGAUUAUGUGAUUUUAUAAAAGUGGUUUUAUACUUGUCUUCUGUAUAAAAUGUUGAAUGUGAUUAGAUUAUUAUUUGUUAGUUAUAGCUUCUGUCUAUUUAAAAAAAAAGUAAUCUUAAAAUAAACUUGUUAAAAGUUUAAUUUUGACAUUUUUUGCCAAAAUGUAACUCCUAUUGGGUCUCACAUCUGUUUUUAAGGCAAUUUUAAGUUGUGAUUUAUAAGUUUUAAAAGUGAUUGCCAUAUUUACUAAUAGAGUGCCAAGCCCUGAUAUCAAACGCCCUCCAACUGUUUUUAUAAAACAGUUCUUAGAUUUUCUUCACAGAUCUGUAUUUUCAAGAGACCUUUUUAUAAGUAAGACUUUAUUUUGUUACUAUAUCUACAGUGUCAGAUCAUGCUCAAAACUGCUUGUUUGCCUUGAAUUCAAAUUUGUUAAAGGGUUUGUGAAUAAUCUUAUGGAAAUAUAUUUUGUUUAAUUAAAUCUCUGCUCACCAUAUUUAGUUAGCCACUUGAUGUUAUAAGCUACUUGUAUUUAUUAUUAUAAAAUUAUUUUUCACAAAAUAUUUUAAUGUUCACUAGAAGUUUAAUAUCAGUAGCUUUAUAAAUAAUGUAUAUUUACUAUAUAGUCUACAACUAUUUAAAACAUUAUGUGUCAAAAAUAUCAUAUUCUCUUAUCGAUGCUUAAGUAUUUAAUUUUAAUCAUACUCUUGAUGAUGCUGAUUUAUAAUCAAAUGAUGAUUGUGAUAAAGAGCCAAAGAUUUUGUGGUAUAUGUAACAGUGCACUGAACCUUAGUUUUUAUUCACACAUUGCAGUUAUAAAGAAAAGAAGGUAUUUUGUUUGGUUUGUGUUUUUUUUAAAACGUGGUGUAAUGUACCUCACUAGAACUGUACUUAAGCUGUUAGUUUAAUUUUUAGAAAUUGCAAUUUAUGAUAUAUGUAAAUAUAUGCAUGAAAUCAAACAAAAGUGUGUGUACCAAAAACUGUCAAACAGUGUUACAUCUUUGUUAUAUAUAUAUUUGCAAUUGUUUAGUUUUACAGUCUUGAGUAUGCAAAAACUGGAGGGGAGGUAAAAGCUGCUAGAUCUAUAUGCAAAGUUUAAUUUGUUAAAAACUAGUAAUGUAUUCAUCCGAUAAAAGACAAUCAAUACUUAUUUGAUGUGAAGGUAUUAAAAAGUGUAUGUAAAUGCAGAGGCAUCCUUUUUUCAGUUUGGAAAAAUAAAAUUGCUCUGAACUUUCUCAUAUUUUGUUUAUACUUUAAUUUUAAAAAAUCUCAUUUUGAAUUUUUACAUAAAAAAAAAAAUGAAAAACCCUAAAAACCUUUAAUAAUUGUAAAUAAAAUAAUUUUUUUUCAAACAAAUUGAGGAACUCAGUGUUAAAUACACAAGUCCUAAUUAAACCAAUCUGUAUUUUCUAUUGUCUCCCUAAUUUGCAUCAUAUCAAUUGUCUAUCUAAUUUACAUCAUAGAUAUAUAUAAAUACAACCAAACUUAUACUUCUAAAAAUACAAAAUUUAUUUAACAUUUUGAAAUUUGAUUUAUGUAUAAAAUAUUGUUAGCUUUGUAGUCAUUACAUUUUAGGUCCAUUCUGCUCAGCAUGCACAGAACUGUACAAGUACUAAGAUCUCUUGUAUUUUUAUUUAAUUUUAGCAUUUUGUCUGUAUAUGUUGUUCGUUCUUGCAUGUGGGUAGUUGUUCAAAACAUGUCAACUGUGAUGGGUACUAUGGCAAUAUAAAUAGCAAACAACGUGAUAAUUGUUUUAGCAAGGUUUUGCUGUUAAAGUUUGAAUCACUGACAAUUGUUUAACUAUUUCCUUUUAAAGAACAGUGAAAUGGCCAGUUACCUAGUCUGAGAUUGAUGAUACAUUGUGCCAUAAUUCAGCUGUCUUAAAUUUUUUUUGUUUUAAUCUUUAAAUCCAUUUUUAAAUUUUUUUAUCUUGGUGAAGGUUGUACAUUACAAAUAUAUGACUGACAGGCUUUUUUGAAGACCUGGUAAAUAUUAUGUAGGUGAUUUGUAUUUAAUCUGUAUAUAUACAGCAUGCUGUUUGUGAGUAUCCACCCUAGAAUUAUACAUUAGUUGUUUUAAACUUGAAAAUAUUCUAAAGCUACAUAAUACUAUAUCCUUUUGUUUUUGUAUUUAUAUCUUCUGACCAAGACCUUCAGCUUUAAGGUCAGUUUUAUUUUUGUAUAAUGACUUCACAUUUUGAAUAUCUUGAUCACAAAAAAUUCUUUAACUUUAAUUAAUUGGUUUUACCAAGGUUGUAAAUAAGUGGAGGUGCUUUUCUGAUCAGUUUUUCACUGAAAUCUUUUAUUUUGUUUGUAAACAUUUGAUUUUUUUUGUUUCAAUUUUUAGCAAUUAUUUUUCAACAUUAUUUACAAUUUCUAGUAUAAUUUUUUUGUAUUCAAAUUUGUUAAAAAAAUAUUUUUUUAUCCCAGUAAAAUAAGAGCAUUAUUUUAUUAACUAGAAUGCUUCUAGUUGUGCUGAAAUAUUUUUUAUUAUAUAAUCAGACCUUUUUUAAACAAUGCAUUUAUACAUUUUUACAUAUUCUUUUGGUUUAUAAGUUUAAUAUUUUGUUUUGCUUAUUUUUUCUAUUUAAUUAUCAGUUUAAGUUUUAUAAACUUUAAUUGCUUUUUUUAGAAAAAAAAAAGAAUUUUAUAUUUUCUGUUGUUCAGCUAAGAUACAAAAUAUCAACUAUGGUAGGUCUAAAGGUUUUAUAAAACUUUUAACACUAUUAAGCACAACAUUUUAGAUAUUAAAAAUACAAUAGGGGUCAUCCACUUAUGAUGGAGUCCACAUUAAGAAUUAAAAAACUGCAUAUAAAAUGUGUGAAUUAAAUCCGCUGUACUCCUGUUAAAAAAACAACACAGAUCAACUGGUGAAUAAAUGUAUCAGAGAUGUAACUUUAUACAGCCCAACCAAA